CCUUCCCACCGUCCCCACAAUCCCCCAAUUCUCCUAUUUAUUUCCAGAACCACCCCGCCGCGCCCCUUUCGCUUUCAUUUUCACCCCUACCCCAAACCCCCCGCCGGAGACGCCGCCGUGGCCACCAACCGCGGGUGGCUCCGAACCCUUUCACGCAACCGCCGCUGCCCCAUCAAGAAAUGAAGCGUCGCUUCCGGUUCUCUCUCCCCGUGACGGUGGUGGUGACGGCGAUCGGGUAUAUUUACGCGUCGACGGUGUUCGUGUUCGUGGACCAGUGGUUUGGGCUGGGGACCUCGCCGGGGAUCAUGAACGCCGCCGCCUUUACCACCGUGGCCAUCAUGUGCGCCUUCAACUACGGCAUCGCCGUCUUCACGGAUCCGGGUCGGGUGCCGGCCACAUUUAUGCCCGACAUCGAGGAUCACGAUAGCCCCAUCCAUGAGAUCAAGCGUAAGGGUGGGGACUUAAGAUACUGCCAAAAGUGUUCUCAUUACAAGCCUCCCCGUGCACAUCAUUGCCGUGUAUGUCAACGAUGUGUAUUGCGAAUGGAUCACCAUUGCAUAUGGAUGAAUAACUGCGUGGGCCAUGCAAACUAUAAGGUCUUCUUCAUUUUUGUUAUGUAUGCUGUAAUUGCAUGCAUUUACUCCCUGAUUUUGCUUGUGGGCAGUCUAAUGAGUGAUUCAGAAAAAGAUGAGGAGGAGACCGAAGGCUCAUUCAGAAUUAUAUAUGUUGUUUCCGCGCUGUUGCUUGUCCCUUUGAGCGUGGCUCUAAGUGUUCUUUUGGUUUGGCAUAUCUCCCUGAUUCUGCGAAAUAAGACUACGAUUGAGUACCAUGAAGGAGUGAGAGCCAUGUGGCUAGCAGAAAAAGGAGGGGAUGUGUACUCACAUCCAUAUGAUCUUGGCACUUACGAAAAUUUGAUUUCGGCUCUGGGUCCAAACGUACUGUGUUGGGCAUGCCCCACAUCUGGGCAUGUUGGCUCUGGUCUUCGUUUCCGGACAGUAUAUGACACAAUGGCCAGCGCAUCGGCAUCUCCAUGAGUUCCAAUGUUGAUUGCUUGUGGAGCUUUUGUUGGCAAUGAGACUAUGGACUCUUUUAGCUAAGAAGCAAAUGGUGCAUGCUGAUCUUGUGAUGGAGGGGCAUUCAUUCAUUCCCCGUACCAAGUAGUUCUGUAGCAAAUCGGCUUGCGGGAGUUGAGAGAAGGAAGUAGACAAGGCCCAAACUAUCACUUGGUGAGUAGAAAGUUCUUGAAGCAGAUUCCAUUCGAGUAAGGUGAUUUCGAGAUUAGUGCCAUGGGCGCCCUUGGGUUGAUCGCUAUUGUUAUACAGUAACAGAGCAUGGCAAGUUUUUGAAGCGUUGAGAUGAAGUUUAGUAUGGUCUGGUCUGGUGAUUAUAUACAUAUAUUUAUAUAUAUGGAUAGUGUAGAGUUUAGUUGUCAUCUUCUGCUGAUACAUCAUGUACAAAGAGGGAAACAUCAUCCCAGCUAACAGCCCAUGAGCUCAGUUGAAAGAGAGUUGUUGAAGAUUCAUUGAGAUUGUAACUUCUUCUUCUUCUUUAUAAACAUGUAGCUGUAAUCUCUACCUCUUGUAACUUGGGCAGAAUUGACAAUGUUACUAUGGCAAUGUAAAUUGUUCCAAUACCCAACCCCAUUCAGUCA